AUGAUAAGUUUAAAGACGAUAGUGUCACGUCAAGUCAAGUUGACAUGUGUUACCAAUUCCAUAGCGAAAAGAUUCUUGUCAGCUUCUCCAAAAUUGACACAAUUGCACUAUGCUGGUGCUGAUUUAUUAAAGAACUUUAAAGAUGAAAAUGCACAUAAAUUAGUCGAUGUCAAUAAAGUCCUUGUGAUUGGUUCAGGUGGUUUAUCCAUUGGUCAAGCUGGUGAAUUUGAUUAUUCUGGUUCCCAGGCUAUCAAAGCUCUUAAAGAAGCAAAUAAACAAUCGAUUUUAAUUAAUCCAAAUAUUGCAACCAAUCAAACUUCACAUGCAUUAGCAGAUGAAAUCUAUUAUUUGCCAGUCACUGCAGAAUAUAUAACCUAUAUUAUCGAAAGAGAAAGGCCUGAUGGUAUAUUGUUAACUUUUGGUGGUCAAACAGGGUUAAAUGUUGGGGUUCAAUUAGAUAAAAUGGGAGUUUUUGAUAGAUAUGGAGUUAAAGUGUUGGGUACACCAAUCAAAACUCUUGAAACUUCGGAAGAUCGUGAUCUCUUUGCUCAAGCAUUAAAGCAAAUUGAUAUUCCAAUCGCGGAGUCUGUUGCUGUAGAAACUGUCGACGAUGCCUUAGCUGCUGCUGAAAAUGUGGGAUAUCCUAUUAUUGUCAGAUCAGCCUAUUCUCUUGGUGGUUUAGGAUCUGGAUUUGCUGCCAAUGAAGAUGAAUUAAGAAAUUUAGCUUCCCAAUCUUUAUCAUUGGCCCCACAAAUUCUUGUUGAAAAAUCAUUGAAAGGUUGGAAAGAAGUUGAAUAUGAAGUUGUCCGUGAUCGUGUUGGUAACUGUAUCACUGUUUGUAAUAUGGAAAACUUUGAUCCAUUGGGUAUCCAUACUGGUGAUUCGAUUGUUGUUGCUCCUUCUCAAACUUUAUCCGAUGAAGAAUACCACAUGUUAAGAUCAGCUGCCAUUAAGAUUAUCAGACAUUUAGGUGUUGUUGGUGAAUGUAAUGUUCAAUACGCUUUACAACCAGAUGGAUUAGAUUAUAGAGUUAUCGAAGUUAACGCCCGUUUAUCUCGUUCUUCGGCUUUAGCUUCCAAAGCAACUGGUUAUCCAUUAGCUUACACUGCUGCCAAGAUUGCCUUGGGUCACACUUUACCUGAAUUACCAAACCCUGUUACUAAGACUACUUCUGCCAAUUUCGAGCCAUCAUUAGAUUAUAUGGUCACCAAGAUUCCUCGUUGGGAUUUAUCAAAAUUCCAACAUGUGAAACGUGAUAUUGGAUCAGCCAUGAAGUCCGUUGGAGAAGUUAUGGCCAUUGGUAGAAACUUUGAAGAAUCAUUCCAAAAGGCUAUUAGACAAAUUGAUCCUUCCUAUGUAGGCUUCCAAGGUGAUAAAUUUGAAAAUUUAGAUGAAGUAUUAGCAAAUCCAACUGAUAGAAGAUGGUUAGCUGUCGGGCAAGCCUUAUUACAUGAAAACUACACAGUCGACCAAGUACAUGACUUAACUAAGAUUGACAAGUGGUUUUUACAUAAAUUGAUGAACAUUGUUAACAUGUACCGUGAAUUAGAAAGUGCUGGCAAAUUAUCCAAUAUUAACCAUGAUUUGAUGAGUAGAGCUAAGAAAUUAGGAUUCUCAGAUAAACAAAUUGGUCUUUCUGUUGGAGCUCAAGAAUUAGAAGUUAGAAAAGUUAGAAAAGAAUUUGGUAUUAUUCCAUUCGUUAAGAAGAUUGAUACUUUGGCUGCUGAGUUCCCAGCAAAUACAAACUAUUUGUAUACUACUUAUAAUGCCACGUCUUCUGAUAUUGACUUUAACGAUAAAGGUACUAUGGUCCUUGGUUCCGGUGUUUAUAGAAUUGGUUCCUCUGUUGAAUUUGAUUGGUGUGCUGUUUCUACUGCCAGAGCAUUAAGAGAAAGUGGCCAUAAGACUAUCAUGAUUAACUACAAUCCAGAAACUGUUUCCACCGAUUUUGAUGAAGUUGAUAGAUUAUAUUUCGAAGAACUUUCUUUGGAAAGAGUAUUGGAUAUUUAUGAAUUAGAGAAUUCUUCAGGCGUUGUCGUUUCUGUUGGUGGUCAACUUCCACAAAACAUUGCUCUUUCUUUACAAAAUGAAGGUUGUAAGGUAUUAGGUACAAAUCCAGAAGAUAUUGACAAGGCUGAAGAUCGUCACAAAUUCUCUCAAAUCUUAGACUCUAUCGGAGUUGAUCAACCUAAAUGGAAAGAAUUAACUUCUAUUGAAGAAGCUGAAGUUUUCGCUAAUGAUGUUGGUUAUCCAGUAUUGGUCCGUCCGUCUUAUGUUCUUUCUGGUGCUGCUAUGUCCGUCAUUAACUCCAAAGAUGAAUUAGAUGCCAAAUUAUCUAAUGCUUCCAAGGUUUCCAGAGAUUAUCCAGUUGUUAUUUCCAAGUUUAUUCAAGGUGCACAAGAAAUUGAUGUUGAUGCUGUUGCCAGUGAAGGUGAAGUCUUAGUUCAUGCCGUUUCCGAACAUGUCGAAAAUGCAGGUGUCCACUCCGGUGAUGCUACUUUAGUCUUGCCUCCACAAAACCAAUCUCCUGUUAUCAUGGCCAGGUUGAAAGAAAUUGCCGACAAGGUUGCCUCUGCUUGGAACAUUACUGGUCCUUUCAAUAUGCAAAUUAUUAAGAAUGAUCAAAAUGGUACUUUAUCUGACGAAGAUUGUGAAUUGAAGGUUAUUGAAUGUAAUAUCCGUGCUUCCCGUUCCUUCCCAUUUGUUUCUAAGGUUCUCGGUGUCAACUUUAUUGAUGUCGCAGUUAAGGCUCUAAUCAAAGAAAAUAUUCCUGAACCAGUUAAUCUUAUGGAUAAUAAAUAUAACCAUGUUGCUGUUAAAGUGCCACAAUUCUCAUUUACCAGAUUAGCUGGUGCUGAUCCAUUCUUGGGUGUUGAAAUGGCAUCAACAGGUGAAGUUGCUUGUUUUGGUAAGGAUGUUAUUGAAGCAUACUGGACCUCUAUUCAAUCUACUAUGAACUUCCACGUUCCUCAACCUGGUCAAGGUAUCUUAUUCGGUGGUGAUUUAACCAAUAGUAAAUUAGGUAAUGUUGCUGGAAACUUAUCUGGAUUAGGUUAUAAAUUCUAUGCUGCUUCUGAAGGUGUUGCUGAGUACUUAUCCAAGUAUAUUGAAGAAGAAGUUGAAAUUAUAGAAUUUCCAAAGACUGAUAAAAGAGCCCUUCGUGAAAUCUUUGAAGAUAUGAAAGUCGGAGCAGUUUUCAAUUUGGCCAAAGCUAGAGCUGAAGAUUUGUUAGAUGAAGAUUAUGUUAUGAGACGUAAUGCUAUUGAUUUUGCCAUUCCAUUAUUUAAUGAACCUAACACGGCAUUGUUAUUCUCACAAUGUUUGAAGAGAAAUAUUCAACAUAAGUUGCCAUUCAAUGAAAUUCCUCAUCAUGUUGAAGUACCAGCUGAAGUCAAGAGAUGGAGUGAAUUUCUUGGAGGUAAGCCAGUUUAA